AGUCGAGAGAACGCGCUCCGAGAGUGACGAACGUGUGGACCACAACACCGCCAAGCAGAGUCGACCAGAACCAGUAAACCUGCUGCCUUCCCACACCACCGAAGUGUGUGCAGUUCCGUAGUGCAGAGUUUUGUGAGUGUGACGCAACCGGGCAGUUACUGCGCGCGGAAAAGUCUGGAAAAUUUCACCACCAAAACACCUGCGACCCCGUGUGAGCAAACCAACCCGACAAGGUGACCGAACGGUGCCGAGAGAAUGCGUCGAUUUGUGACCAGUUUUCUGCUGGUGGUCGCCUUGACCGUGACCGCCACCGUCGCCUACCCAGCGAGCUACGAGAAGGAGAAAGACGCCGACGUUUCAGAUGAUGCGGAGUACAUUGUAGUGCCGGUUUCAAACCACCGGCCGACGUUCUACAAUCGCUAUCCAUCGUCGUUUGAAGGCUUCGAUGGAGUGGUAGAUACGGGCGACUUUGUGCCUAUUCCCGCUCGACCGGUAUAUUUCCCAUCGUAUAAUCCAUUCUCGUGGCAGCUGUCGGGAUAUCUGGAUGAUCUUCUUAAGCGCGUACGAGACCGUUUCGCCGGAUCGUGGAAUCCGUUCUACGGUGGAGACUUUGCCCCUUCAGGUCCAGGAGUGUGGCCUUUGGAAAUCCCAGACGACUCAUCGGAAGAUGGUAUUACCAACACAACAUCUACUGUCAAGAUCAUCGAUGGUCACAAGGUUGUGAUCAAUGACACCUAUUACACCAAGAAGACGGAAUUCGGUACAUCGAUUUUCAAAGUGCGUGUGAUCAACGUUGAAUCAGCGGAGAAAGAUGGCGACGAAAGUACCACUCCGAAACUGCCGACCGACGUCGAGGUAGACAACCGUAAUGGAGUGGAAGGAACUGAUAAGGAAACACCAACCACAGUUGCUCCUAAACGCGAUACCGAAUUGGAUUCGAGCGAUGAAGAAAAGACCACCGCCGAUGAUGACAACCUGAACACGAUCGAUACCUCGGAAGUCGAGAUCGAAGGCGCUAAAAUGAAUGGAAAGGAAGCGCCGGUUGACAAGUCGGAGUCCUCUCAGCAGUGGUCUGGACUGGAGUCGUUCGAGGCCGCAUCGAUACCUUUGGAAGUGCAGAUAGACGGCUCUCCUGAGAUGACGCACCAACGAAACCGUCAGCAUAGCGAACUGCUUGAGUCGAGUUCGGAGGAAGAGAGUAAUGCACCCGCGAAAGGAUCGUACCCGAUCUCAUCGCAAGAGUGGCCACAGAUGGAAGAUGAUCGUAAGCGGAUCAUCGUUUCGAUGAACAGCUUUUCCGAUCGAUUCAACGCUAACCAGGAACGACCCUUCGGAGAUGAGGCUGGAAAUCCGUCGGCGGGAGUACACGACCUGUCGAACGAUAUCGCUAUCAACUUCCGGCUCGCUGAGGAUAAAACCGUGACGACCAACCCCAACGCGAUUACAUUCAACCCGAUGAAUCCGCCAUCGUUCGUCGUGCAGCGGGAUCCAUUUCCAAAUCGUCCGGGCGUUUUCCCUACCGGUGCAGGCAGGCCAACCAUGGGAUUUCCAUCGCAACAACCAUUGCCGGUGGGAGGUGGCGCAGGUUUUCCGACGGUUGGAUCGUUUCCGGGAUUCCCCGGGUCGGGACUGCCGGGUGGUCAGUUUCCGGUUCAGGCCUUUCCAAUGCAACCGCAUCUGUUCGGGCCGGGUGCAGGACUAAACUUUGGACUUCCUCAGAAUCCGCAAGUUCCUCCGUUCUUUUUCAGCAACGGACAGUUCAGACACCCUUAAAAUGGCAGUGAUGGGCGUGCACUUUCCAAAAGUGGUUGCCAGCACUGAACCAAUUUCGAAAGCGGAUGCUUUUAGUGUGUAAGAUACAUUCAUUUAUUUAUUGAACUAAAUUAUUUUACAGCGGCGAUUUGCCGGAAUAGCAACCUCUCCCGACUAGAUACUCUUAAGCAGCGAAGCAAAGAAGCACAAUCGGUCGACUAGCUUUUUUUCUAUAUCUAAUAAUACCAAAGAAGUUUGCUCGGUUAGUCGAGUGUAGAAACUUUGAAAGAGUCGCCGGUUGAUCCUUUUGGAGCGUGAAAAUACACGACGAGCCCCGAAAGCCCCUUCCAACGAGUCAUCAAGAAAACAGGAAGCUAGCACCCUGCACACAUGUGCUCUUUGCGAGAAAGCGCAAGGGACCGACAGCAGAGGAUGGGAGAUUUUAUUCUUCAUUGGAAAAUAAUUUAUUUACAACAGUUCCGGACUUUCUUCCGUUCAUGUGGCUUAAAACUUUUCCAUCAAUCGGAGCGAGUGAUGGCCUAAACUUUACUCACGUCGCUAGUACGUAGGGAGCGGUCCCAGUCAGAGUUUGGUUUUAGAGCGAAGAUUGGAGGCAGAAGACGAGACUGCAGUUCACAGUCGGUCAAGGAACUUUUCGAUAAAUCCUUUACGUAAAGUGCCGAAGCUAGGGAUAGUUUGUUUACGCCUUGUUGAGCUAUUCGCAUUACAGUAGGAUUAGUCAGGGAUGCGAUGAACGAUAACGGCAAAAACGAAACUAGAGCUGAACAAGUAGUUCCAUUAGCGUACAAGUAUUGAAAUGUUUUGCACAAAUUAUCGCAAAAUAAGGCAAAAAUUCGAAAAAAGUGUUAGCGUGUAGGUGCAUUCAGUUUAUUUGCUAAAAUAAUAUUUCUUGCACCGAUAUCGUACACUUCGCCUGUUAAUCACUUAAACAGCGAAGAUGUUUUUUGGCUGAUCUAACGGAUGAGAACAGAGAGAUAGAGACAAUGCGGCACUAGGACAGACCAAUUAAUUUGCGCACGGCCGACAAAUGGCGAUAGAUUGGGAUGGGUAAAACUCAUUGCACCUAAUUCGACCAGGUACUGGAAGGAAGAUUCUCGCUCCGUAGUCAGCACCGGUGAACGAUGUAAAGCACCAACGGCAAACAAUUCAAUAAAUCUAGUCUUCCUUGACAGAUUCUGGCACCCGUUUGGGAAGA